GCGUCUUGCUUUGUUCCUGCAAUGCAUCCCCUACUUCUAAUGAAGAUAUUCCUAGCACCCACAUCUAUGGUUAUCUGUGGGGUGAGGCAGUCAUCGGACUACUUUGCUUGUAAAAAAUUCUCUACCCUGGUAACUUGCAGCAGCCUUGCAAUGAGCUGCAGAAGGGGCUUCUGACCAGGAUGUGAAGGAAAAAGCUGUUUCCAUGUCCCAUGGAAGACUUGGGACUACAUAGAGGCCUGCAGCUAAAGGAAAGAUGUUUCCCUCUUCUCUGUACUGACUGCAGCAAAGUGAACAUUUCCAUCAUUUGGAGCCAAGAGAAGGAGAAGAAGAAAAUACAACAGGAGACAAACAGUUUCCAUUUUCAAGGCUUAAAGCAGUAACUCCCUUUCUCGGAAUGAAUCGUUGAUUGUUAAUGCCACUGGGAAGCUGGGGUCCAGCUGCGAUCAUUCACUGAGACGCAGGACCUGGAAAUUGCCUUACAUUGGCACUCUCACUGUUGAACAAGAAAAAAAGGCAUUGCCAGGAUUUCCUUCUUUCCUUGAGGAGAAAAAUGAGCUGGGGAUUCCUACGUGAUCUGCUGAGUGGAGUGAAUAAAUAUUCAACGGGAAUUGGAAGAAUCUGGGUAGCAGUUGUGUUCAUAUUCCGCUUACUGGUUUACAUUGCAGUCGCAGAAAACAUCUGGAAAUAUGAACUUGAUGAAUUUGAAUGCAAUGUCAAGCAGCCUGGUUGCGAAAACGUCUGCUUUGACCAUUUUUUCCCUGUCUCCCACAUCAGGCUUUGGGCUUUGCAAUUAAUCAUGGUCUCCACCCCUUCACUCUUGGUUGUUUUUCAUGUUGCUUACCGAGAGAACAGAGAGAAACACCACAACCGGAAACUUUAUAGAAGUCUGGGAGAGAUAGAUGGCGGAUUGCUGUGCACUUACCUUAUCAGCCUUGUUUUAAAAACAGGAUUUGAAAUAGUUUUUCUUUUUCUGUUUUAUAAAUUGUACGAUGGAUUCAAAGUACCACGUCUUGUGAAAUGUGACAUAAGACCAUGUCCCAAUACCGUAGACUGCUAUAUUUCCAAACCCACAGAGAAGAUGAUUUUCCUCUAUUUUCUGGUGGCAACUUCAGGCCUGUGCAUUGUAUUAAAUCUAAGUGAAUUGAGUUACCUCAUUUUCAAAUACUCCAUAAAAUGUUAUCUGAAGAGUUAUGUCAAGAAACAUCAAGGCUUAAAAAGGGAUUGCCACAAAUCAGAAAUCGUCGGUCACGACACACCAGAAGCUGCUGGAUGGUUCCACAACAGCACCUUGUCUUUGCCUCUGAAUAUACAAGACAAACGUGAAGAAACUUCCCCGUUGCCUUGAAAGAUGGCUGGAGACCACCUUCCUGUUCCACAAGCUGUAUUUGACAAAUUGCUUUUCCAAUCAGAACUGAAAGGAUAGUUAUGCAGGAAAUGCUUUUUCUCUAUUAAUUCCCCCUCAGUUGAGUGGAUAAAUCCAGUCACGUUAUGUAUGUCACACAUAGAAUCGUCUAGAUCUUUUCACGUUGAAACAAGAGGUGUAGGAGUCUGAAAAUUCCACGAAGUUUUAAUAUAAACACAGAUGCUUAUGAUAAAUCAUGCUGAAACAAUCGCUUAAGCAACUGUGUUUUGAUUAUUACACAGAAUUGCUUGGGUACAAGCAAAAAGAGGCUUUUUAUAUGCAGAGCUGGAACAGCUUGGGAUUGAUUAAAGUGCUGAGCAGUACGGGGACGUACAGCCUUUGCCAGGUGGGUGGAUCUGAUAACCGUUGAAAUGGUGAUCGGAAAGCGCUGGCAUACAGUGGCUGCUGGUGUCGUGAAGUGAGCUGGAUAGUCAGAAACCCAUUGCACUGGACUGCUGUAAAACAUCUCAAAAAAAGGAAAAAAAUAAGAAGAUGUAGACAUACAUGGUGAUCUAUGGUGAUAGCCCGUGGUGAUAAAGACAGACCUGGUUAUUUAGCUAUUUGUGGAGCAUCUUCUUCUGGAACUAUUUGAGCCCUUUACAGUUUUUAUGGUAUUUAUCAUCAGAACACAUUCUGUAAGAAAUGGUAUUUGCUUAAACUUGUGGAGGCAGCAUAUACCAGAGCACAGAGUUAACUCCUGGUCACAUGCACUGAACAGCUCCCGAGUCAUUUCUUCUGCUCCAUGACUGUGGCAUUUAAGGAAAAAGAUGAUUCCCAGUUCCCUGGGAUGUGAGUAGAGAAAUGCAGACUACACAACAUGGCAAAACAGUAGCCAGCACGCCUAGUAUUCAGUAGCCUGGAAUGUGCUCCCUUUAGUAAGGCUGAAAAUACUGCUACUCCUUCAGUAGAUUUCUCUGCCAUAGAAGAACAUGUGAAAUCCAAAAAUAAGAAAACCUUCCAGUAGUAAUAAAAAGAAUGACCUAUUCCCUCCCCACAAAUUUCAGACUCUCUCUUAAACGCCACGCACCUCCUCUCUUUGUUAUGUUUGUUGCCUGGGCUAACAGGAAGGGGACAGAAAUUAUCUGAGACGUGUCUUCUGUUGAACCUAGGCUUCCGAGACAACAGAAAUAAACAGUCUAAUAGACUUAUUUCAGGGUGGCGUUCUCCUUCCUUUGCUGGGAUGGAAGACCUUCCUUCAGACAUACAUCAGUACUGAGCCUGAUCAAAAUACGCCCUUUACAGAAAAACACCACCUGCAAUAAGCGGAGCUGCCUUAAUAUUGAACUGAUUUUAUUGUUCAUGCCAGGAUUAAGAGGAGGAAACCGCAGCAAACACAUGUUAACUAUUAUUGCUGCCUGAAUGUUGAAUCAAUUUUACUGUCUGUGCCAGGAUAAAGAGGAGGAAACAGUAGCAAAAAGCACGUUAACUUUUUCACUCAAACAAAACCCAGCUUUGGUUACAAAACAUGACUUUUAUGAGUACUGGGGUAGCAGUAACAUAAUUAAGAACUAACUAAUCAUCUAUGUGCUUUUGAGUGUAAUUUUCAAGCUUUUUUUUUUUUUGCUAAAAUAAACCUACUUUUAAAAAAGGUGGAGAUCCAUUUGCUGCUGCUGAACUUAAGAGCAACAGCAGCCCCUCAAACACUAGCUUGCCAGCUUGUGGCCAGUUAAAGUUUUACAUCUCGAGUGAUGCCGAAUGAGCGUGUCUAAUCGAGGCUUUGCAGAAUCCGGAAUAUUUUCUGUUAA